AGCCAGUUUAGACUCCAGUGACAAUGGAAACACGACUAACGUUAGAUUAAUACAACUCCUAGCUUGAUUAGUGGGCGUUAGAAUUAACCAAAUGAGAUAAUAUCGUCAGAUAUGUGUAUUUAAUGCGAUAUGAUUGUUAGUAGACGUAGACAUUCUGGCCUAAAAACGCCUACUUAGGAAUGUUUGUUCCUUAUCUCAACGUUGGGAUAAGAAUUUUCGGAUAUAACAUAGAAAAUUAUGGAUAAAGUCUGAAGAUGUCAGACACGAAGAAAACAAGCGAUAAGCAGCCAACAGAUAAACCGCCAUCUUCACCAGCCGCAAUUGCUGCUUCUAAUGUCACCACAGGGACCAUACCCUCGCAAGAAACUCCGGUACGUUUAAAAGGAGAAAAUUCAAUUGCAAAAUCGGAUAAUAGCGAGGAAACUAAAGUAAUUACUAACGGUACUCCUCGUACCAAAAGGUCUACGGAUCGUGCAGCGACGGAGUCGCAACCGGGCACUUCUUCGCCUUGUGCUGACAAAAUAUGUGUCGAACAAGUGCAGUUAAAGACUAGUGAAGGUGUGAAUGCAGAUUCGGACGAAACGAGUCCAAUUGGGACCGAUACAAUUAUCGGAGGGACCAAUGGCGAUGGCAGUAUCACAACUAAUGCAAGGAGUAAAGGAAAAAAAGACGGACACGCGAGGAAUUCUAGAUCUUGCUGUUUUUGUUGGUGCUGCUGUUGCAGUUGCUCAUGUCUUUCAGUGAAAAAUAAUAGUAGAGGUAGCAGAGAAAAUAAAACAAGUCAACAACAACAACAACAACAACAACUGACCUCCUUAGAUCAUUAUUUUAAUGGAGAUGGAGAAGCGCCUACGUUAGAAGAAAUCAGGACGUGGGGAGAAUCCUUUGACAAACUCAUGAAGUGUGCUUCUGGAAGAAAAGUUUUUCGAGACUUUCUCAAAUGUGAAUAUAGCGAAGAAAAUAUUCUAUUUUGGUUGGCGUGUGAAGAUCUUAAAAAAGAGUCUAGACCAGAUAUAAUUGAAGAGAAAGCAAGAUUGAUCUAUGAAGAUUAUAUAUCAAUCCUUUCUCCAAAAGAAGUGAGUCUAGAUUCACGUGUUCGAGAAAUUGUUAAUAGAAACAUGGUUGAACCUACAUCGCACACAUUCGACGAGGCUCAAUUACAGAUCUACACACUGAUGCAUCGUGACUCAUAUCCUCGGUUUGUUAACUCACCCGUGUACAGGAAGCUUGCACAGUUACCAUCUCCGAGCAGGAAGGGAAGUAUGGCAUAGAAACAUUCCAAAAACAGCAAACCAAAAACAAACUAUAGUCAUUGAUUCGCGAUUCAUCGAAUAUUCGAAAAAAAAAUAAUAAUAAUAAGUAAAUAAAAACUGUUAUUCGUCCAAAUACACUAGAGAAAAUGUGUACAGGAGCUCAAUACGACAGACAACAGCUAACGACCAAGACGAUAAAGAGAGGAGCCUACUAUACACCUGGUACCUGAUAUCCCAAUUGGGGAUCUUCUAGUCGAACUAUCACUUUCUCGGUAGUAAUUUCGGUUCGCCGUUGAAUGUCACCUUUUUUUGUAGUAAAAAGAAAAAAAACCAUGAAAAAUACAAACAAACAAGAAAACAAGAAGCACGCGAGCACUUUCCCUCCUCCCUCUACUCCUCCUACUCCUCGUCCUCCUACUCCUAUCCUUUCUCCUCUCCUCUUCCUCCUCAGAUCUGUUCUCUGGUAUCACUGUGCCAAAUGCCGCCACGAACACACAUCACACGUUUGCGAUCCCACAUUAUUUUUAUACAUUGAAAUAUCAUUUCUCCCUUAGAUUUGCUAUUUCAAAUUUAUAAUGGUGUGGAAUCGUUUUUAGUACUCCUAACAUUCCGAGAUAUUUUAAUCUCUUCUGCUUUUUUUAGGCUUUUUUUUAAGCCUGCACACGAAAACAAACGAGCAGAAUGAAAAAAAUAUAUAUGUAUAAAUAAUAACAACCAACAAUAAUAAUACCGAGAGCAA